AUGGAAGGUGCUUAUGAACUCCGACUCGCCCACGUUUCCAGCCUUAGUGGCUCAUCUGGGGGCGGGCAGGCAGGAGAAGGAGGGAUUAAACAUAUGGCAGCAGAUGUGACGAUGAGGGUGAGGGAUAUUAUGGGGACGGAUGGGGACAUGCAGGAGGAGGGGGGUGGCACGGUGGUGUGCAUGGUGGGCGAGAGUGAGGCUGGGGGCAGGGACGCGAGGCGUAGGAGGCUAGUGAUGGGAGGAAGGGCAGGAGGGGAGGGGAGGAAGCAUUUGAAUAGGCCUGUGUGGCGAAGGUAUGUGGAUGGCAUGGCUUGGAUUCUGGAGCAUGGAGGGACGGAAAGGAGGGAGUUCCAGUGCAGCCACUGCAGUGAGAGUGGCAGCAGCAGCAGAAGCAGCACGAGUGUGGAUAAUCCUGUGGGCUACAGCGCUCCCACGGGCAUGAAUGUGAGCAGCGUGGGCGCCACUGAGCUGACCCUCGAGUUUACCUCUGUGCUGUCCAAAGGCGGGUAG